AUGACAAUUUUUUUAAAUAGACAACAUAAUUAUCUUUUUUUUCUUAUUAUUUCCUGUUAUCUAUUUCUAUUCACUGACGCUAAUAAUGAUACUGAUCAUCAUUCCAAUGAGACCAUCGAAGAAUAUAAUACAACUUUUAUUAGCCUAACAACGCUCGGUAAUAUAACGGAUGAUACGAUUGUAACUGAUGAUAAUAAAAAUACUUCAAGUGAACUCGUUGAUGUUGCAUUGCUAACAGCAGCGAUUAAUGCGACGCCUUUUGCAACAUCAGUACCAUUGGAAAUAACUAAUGUUAAUGUAAUAGAAUUAAAUGCAACUUUAGCAGAUGAUAUCAAUGAUUUAACAACAAUAUUGACACAAAUCAAUGAAACACAAGUUAAUGCGGAAAAAGUCGAAGAAGAACAAACAGCAAUGGUUUCUAAUACUUCAUGUGACCUAUCGAAAACAGGUUGUUGUCUUACAGGAAAAAAUGAUACAAAUAGUGAAGGUUGUAAUGAUGAAAUGAUGAACUAUGUUUCAAUUUCGAAUAGUACAACUGCAUUGAAUAAUGAUACAGAAUCGAUUAGUACAAUUAAAAACGACGACAUGGUGAUGACAACAGAAAAAAUCGAAGUUUCUUCUGAAGCAAUAAAUGAAAAUACUACUUCAGUUAUUAUUGAUGAAAAUGUUUCGACUGAGUCUAAUAUGCAUAAUGCUACAGAAGCUGCUAUUGUUGAAGAUUCAAAAGAAAACAUUGACAGUAUUACAACUGAAAAAUUUGAAAGUAUUACGACGGAAAAAGUCGAAAGUGCUACAACCGAACAUCUUGAAAGUAUUACAACAACAACAACAACAAUAACAAAAAUUGAAAAUAUAACAACACAAGCCGCUCAAACGUCUACUACAACUGUACGAUCUACUUUAUGUGUCGAUCAAGACUUUGAAUGUUGCCCUGAUGGAAAAACAUAUGCAAAAGGACCAGAUUUUGACGGAUGUAAUACAACAGUGACAUGGGUACCAUCAACGGCCAAAGCUUCAUCACAUGGCGUAUGUGAACUAGAAAAAGAUGCCGGUAGUUGUAGUAAAUAUGUUAAUAUGUGGGCGUAUGAUCGUCAACAAGGUAAAUGUGUAAGAUUUUGGUAUGGAAAUUGUGAAGGGAAUGGAAAUCGAUUUGAAACCGAACAACAAUGUCAAGAAACAUGCAUUAGUCCAAAGGGAAUCGAAGUGUGUCUAUUAUCGAAAGUAACUGGACCAUGUCACGCAAAUGCGAAUCGUUAUUAUUAUGAUCGUGAAAAAGAAGAAUGUCAACAAUUUCAUUAUGGCGGUUGUAAUGGAAAUGCAAACAAUUAUGAAACAAUGGAAAAAUGUCAAUCCUCAUGCGUAAAAGAAACUGUUGACCAAUGCACUCAACCCGUGGAAGUUGGUCCAUGUAAAGGAGAAUUUACUCGAUAUUUUUAUGAUGUUGUAACUGGGCAAUGUCGAUCAUUUAUGUAUGGAGGUUGCAAGAAGAAUAAGAAUAAUUUUGUGACAUUAAAAGAUUGUUUAAAAGUAUGUGUCGAACCAAGACAAAAAGACAUUUGUUUACAGCCAAGAAUUAUUGGUACCUGUCAAGAACGUCGGCCAACGUGGUAUUUCGAUAUGGUUGAACGGGAAUGUAAAUUAUUUCAAUAUUCAGGUUGUAAAGGAAAUCACAAUCAAUUUGCUUCCAAAGAAGAAUGUGAUCUUUCAUGUUCAUCAUUAAAAACAUCGGAAACAUUAACAAAUGAUAUCAAAUCUGCUUGUCAUUUGCCCAUGGUACGUGGUAAUUGCGAUCAACAAAUAUCUCGUUGGUAUUUUAAUCCAGCUGAUCAAUAUUGUCAUUCGUUUCAAUAUACGGGUUGUCACGGUAAUGCUAAUUCAUUUGAAAGCGAACAAGAUUGCCGACAAAUAUGUGAAGCCAAAGAAAAAGAUAUUUGUGCGUUUGAAAAAGACACUGGUACAUGUGAUCAAUAUCAAAUAAUGUGGUAUUACGAUUCAUCGCAUGGCGAAUGUAAGAAUUUUUAUUAUGGUUCAUGUGGUGGAAAUGCAAAUCGUUUUGGAACUGAGCAAGAAUGUCAAUUGCGGUGUUUGAUUAAAGCUGGAAAUUCAACUUGUUUUCAACAAGUUGAUCAAGGUUAUACAUGUAACGAUACAAAGUCAGUUCAAGAUACAACAACAAAGCCAGUAUUGAAAUUUUUCUAUGAUCAACAACUAAAGAAAUGUUCAUCAUUUCUGUAUCAUGGUUGUGGAGGAAAUGACAAUCGAUUUGAUGAAGAAAACCAAUGUGUUGACAAAUGUAUAGCUGAUGUAGCAAUCCGUCAACAAGGUUGUGGAUCAAAUAUGAUUCGUUGCAAUAUUCAGUGUCGGUUUGGUUUCGAAAGAGAUCCAAAUGGUUGUGAAAUUUGUCGCUGUGUAGAACCUUGUCAACGACAACAAUGUCCAACUGGCUACCAAUGUGUUGUUAUUCCGGAACAAACACAAUGCUUACAAGCACCAUGUCCUGUACCAAGAGUUGAAUGUCAACCGAUCACUCCUGAUCAAACGGCGGGCACAAGUGGAGGUGUAAAGCCAAUAAUUGAAAAUUCUAUUACAAAUAUAUUUUCACAAUUCGAUGCUAAUGUAACAAUUCCAUGCAGUUUACGGCAAGGUUUUCCAACACCAGUUGUUUAUUGGUAUAAAGAACGACAACAAUUACAAGUACCUGACGCCAUGGGUAGUGGUCUUAUAGUACGAAAAAUUGAACGAUUACCCGAUCAAUCUUUAUUGAUAAGAAAAGUAAGAUUGGAAGAUCAAGGUCUUUAUACAUGUAGAGCAAUUAAUGAUUUUGGCCAAGACAUGAAAGAUCUACAACUUGAAAUCUUCGAUUCAAUUAAAGUCGAUAUUUAUCCAAUAAAUCGAAUUUAUCAACUUGGUUUUACAGCUAAACUUCAAUGUCGUGCUACAGGUUAUCCAUUACCACGUAUAACUUGGAUGCGUAAUAAUCUACCGUUAGUCAAUACAACUCGUAUAAAACUUCAAAACGAUGGAUCAUUAAUUAUUCAUCCGUAUAAACGAGAAGAUGCAGGUCCUUAUGUUUGUAAUGCAACAAACAAAAAAGAAAGCGUAACUCAAGUUGCAUAUUUAGAAGUAAAAGAAACACGUAUUGAACCAACAUGUGAAGAUCAACCAACAUUUGCCAAUUGUGAACUUGUUCUUCGACACAAUUUCUGUGACGUGUACUUUGAUUAUUGUUGUCAUACAUGUUCACAACAUGGUCAAUAUACACCCGACAAGUCUACGAAAUCGCCAAAUCGUCGGCAUGUGUUUAUCAAAUAA